AUGAGUGAUAAUGACGUGAUUAAGAAACCACGUGCCAAAGGUCUUGGAGACUGCAGCCUACAGUGUCACUGUGACGUCACGUGUCGCUCAUUCUACUACAGCAACGAGGACAAAGGUUGUGAAGCAUACAGUGUCACCGUGACGUCACGUGUCGCUGAUUCUACUACAGCGACGAGUACAAAGAUUGUGAAGCAUACAGUGCCAAUAGCUAACAUAGACAUGUACAUGACGACUGACCCGACAAUCAGACUGAUUUACAAGGUCAGCACACGGAAGUAUACCAAAAAGGAUGCCAUGACAGCUUGUGCUGACCUCGAGAUGCGACUCCUAGUGGUCAACUCUGUAGUUAAACUCAGUCUCGUACAGAGUGUGGUGCCGUCCAGUCUUAUUCUAGAACAACGACGACUGGGGGUGAGUGGAGGAUGGUAUGAGGUGGACGGGAUGACAAAAUGGUGGGACGGGGGAGACCCACCUCAGCCUCUCAGUGACAAACUCGUGCAGUGGGACACAAUGGAGAGCCCUGACUUCUUACAGUCUCUAUUUUACACUAAACAGAAAAUAGUUAGAAGAAGAAAGAAGCGUGAGAAAGUUCAAAACACAAAUGAUGAAAGAGUUAACACUUACUCUGACAAAAAGGAUAAAACAGAAGAAAUUGACGAGCUACCUCGAACCAGACAAAAACGGCAGGAGUGGCGAAAACUAAAAACGGCAAAAAACAAAAGGGGACAAGACACUGGAAAAGGGGAACAGGACGAAGACGAUCGUAACAGAACAAAAUCAGACGAAUCUGUUCACACUACAGCACAUCAGGAAUUAAACAGGAACACCGACAUUAAACCAGACGAUGUGAUGGAACAGGAUUCACAUAGACAAACAGAGGAAAUGGAAAAAAGGAAUUCGGAAGGGGAGGAGGACGAAGACGAUCGUAAUAGAACAAAAUCAGACGCAUCCGUUCACGCUACAGCACAUCAGGAAUCAAACAGGAACACCGACAUUAAACCAGACGAUGUGAUGGAACAGAAUUCACAUAGACAAACAGAGGAAAUGGAAAAAAGUAAUUCGGAAGGGGAACAGGACGAAGACGGUCUUAACAGCACAAAAUCAGACACAUCUGUUUACACUACACCACAUCAGGAAUCAAGCAAGAACAUCGGCAUUAACUCAACCGAUGUGAUAGAACAGGAGUCAUACAGACAAACUGAGGAAAUAGAAAACAGUCCUUCUGGAGGGAAACAGGACGAAGACGAUCAGGAAUCAUAUCAGGAAUCAGACAAGGACGACAACAGUGAUCGAGACCCUGAUUUCGUAAUAAAGAGAAAAGGCUCGGACACAAGUGACAGUGAAAGCGAUGUCAAGGAUAGUUCAUCGGAUACGGAAUGCCUACCGAGAACACCGGAAAAGUACACGAUAUUCCAAAAAAGCAAGAAAUCUAAAUUUGUAUCGCAAGACCAGGAUUCCCCAUCUCCGAUUGAGUCUAGCAACAUAUCAACAGCCAUCAAUAGAACGUGGACGUCGGCAAUUCCAGAGAAUUCAUCUAGCAUUUCUGCCACAAAAAUCAGGAAGCUGACAGUCACGGAGGUCAGAAAAAGGUUUCCGGAUUCCAGAGAUUCGCUCGCGUCUCAUAUGAGUCAUCGACCGUCAACGGCUGAUGCGUUUUACGUACUACAUCAUCGGAAACAGGAAGCUGUAAAAGUGUCAAGAAUGAUAGACAGUACACUACAACAGAAUUGUGAGGCAGAAGAUAGUAAUUUGGACGACAGUGAACAGCAGGCAGAUGAUCCCCAGAAAGAGGAUAAUCCGCAAGAGGAAAUUAAUCCACAACAGGCUAUUUGCUCUUCUGCUUCUGGAGGGUCUUCUACCUCUGCCGUCUCGGAGCGGGAAGAUUUCUAUUCCAAGAUGGCGGCGACCAUGUUUAAAUGUGCGACAUGUGGGGUAUUGAUUUUUACUAGAGAAGGUUUCAUGGCACAUGCGUGUACAGAUACCCCAGCAAGUGCAAGUAUUAAAGUGGAAAGUGCAAGUACAAGUACAAGUGAUACAGCUGGCAGCAGCACUAAUAAUAAAUUAACAUGGACAGACAGUAAGAGCAGGACAUUAUUACACCUGUACAAGGACAGACUUGAUGGGUUCAACAGUUUCUCUGUUAAAAACAAGGGACUAUGGGAGGAAAUAAAAAACAUUAUAAACAAAUCCACCAACUCCUCCUUCACAACAACACAAGUUGAAGGCAGGUACAAAACUAUUUUGGCCGCCUACAGGAAAUAUAAAGACAACAUGAAGAAGACAGGGGCUGCCAGAAAAGACUUUCAAUUUAGAACAGAAAUGGAUGAAAUAAUGGGUGACUCUCAUUCAAUUACCCCAAAGUUUGUUUUUGGAAGUGCAGAAUUGGCUGGUCCCAGUACUAGUGCAGAAUUGGCUGGUCCUAGAAACAUCUCAUCGGACAGCGAUGGCCAUGACUCAGGUGAUGACAUAUUACAAGGAAGUGAUGAAGGUAAAAGGAAAAAGAAGGGUUGUAAAAAACAGUUUAAAAAGAAACGAACAUCUGGUGCAAUUCAAAUGAUUGAAUUCCUUGACUUCAGCCAGGAUUCUUCAGAUGCAGAAACAGUGAUGGUUGAUGAUAAUGAAACAGACAGUGAUGGAACAUUAACAGGACUUCCUAUUUCAUGUGUAUGGAAAAGGUGCAGUUAG